AUGGUGACAGAGAUGUUUCUUGUGGGGUUCGGGAAUCUCCAACACAUAAGUAAUUGUAUUUUUGUUUUGUUCCUCAUCAUUUAUCUGGCCACAGUAACAGGGAACAUGUUAAUUAUAACCUUGAUAUCUACCAGUACAAAUCUCCAGUCCCCCAUGUACUUUUUUCUUAGCAACCUAUCUGCCUGUGAAGUGUUUAUGACCACCACAAUCACACCCAACAUGCUGUACAUCUUAUGGUUGAAUGGAGGUUUCAUAUCACUCUAUGGUUGUAUCAUCCAAUUCUACUUGGCAUCCUCAUCCGGUAGUGCAGAAUGUCUUCUCUUAACCGUUAUGGCGUAUGACAGGCAUUUGGCCAUUUGCAACCCUCUGAGAUACUCUUCCAUCAUGAACUACAACACUUGCAACCAUCUGGCAGCUUGGGCAUGGGUGGUUGGCUUUACAGUCUUGGCCAUGUUGAUGAUUACAAUCUUCCACCUACAGUUUUGUGGUUCAAACACUAUUGACCAUUUCUAUUGUGAUCUAGCUCCACUUCUACAGCUGUCUUCUUCAGACACAUAUCUGGUGGAUAUGGAAGAAAUCUUCAUCAUAAUUUUUCUAGGCAUUGUCACAUUUGUCUUGAUCAUAGUCAGCUAUAUCUCCAUAUUUCAUACCAUUCUGAAAAUUUCCUCACGAUCUGGAAGACAAAAAACCUUCUCCACAUGUAGUUCACAUCUGGCAUCUGUUUGCAUUUACUUUGGAUCGAUAUGUAUUACCUAUAUGAUUCCUUCUCAGCCAAAGAAGCCAAAGAAGAAGAUAAACAAGUUUACCUCGCUGUUAUACACUGUUGCAAUUCCUCUUUUGAAUCCAAUUAUUUAUAGUUUAAGAAAUCGGGAAAUGAUAGAUUCUUUCAAGCAUUAUUUUAAACUCAUUAAUAAAAGUUAA